CAAAUCGUUUAUUCAAGUUGUUGUGCUAUCAAGUUUCAAAAGUUGAUGAAUGAUCUAUUAGAAAUAUUAACGACGAACCUGUCACCGAAGUUUACUGUCAUUUAAUAAAGGUAGAUUAGACACAAAAAUUCAAGUUUACUUAUUUGUCCACAUCCCCAUCGUACUACAAUGAAGUCCAACGGCAUGCGUCUGUUACCAUUGUUGCUGGUUUGUUCUUUGAAUACCGUUUUGACGACACACGACUGUCUUAACUUGAAACCAUUGCCCGAUUUCGAUAUGAAACGAUUUUUAGGACGCUGGUACGCCGUCACAACGACAUUGUCGCCAAAUCAAUGUUUAGUGUAUGAGUUUACGCACAUACAGAAACGGGAAAACAUAGAUUGUGCACUUUGUGAUGAAGACAGUGCGAGUAACGUAGAGUGCGUAAAAAGUAUCAACUGUACCAGAUGCGUGAAAUGUGUAGCCUGUAAAGAUAGUGAGAAUUGUAAGCAUUGUAGACACUGUAAAGAGUGUAAGAAUUGCGAGGAUUCUACAUGGUGUGAAGAUUGUAUAGAUUGUGUGUCGUGCGUAAAGUGUAUUGGCUGUAUAGGUUGUUUCAACUGUAUAGGUUGUGAAAAUCUUGUGAACCAAAGAGAUCUUGUAGGAGUGAAAAACCCUAGACUACCGUUCGAUGUAGUCACAUACUUCAAGUACAAUUAUUUUGGACAAUUGGUAGCCGAUCCGGAAUUACCGUCAACAAUGUCUGUUUAUUCGACUCAGGACGGGAAAGCCUCUUUUAACGUCUUCGCCACCGACUAUGUGACCUAUGCCGGUGUAUACACUUGCCAAGACAUGCCGGCCUGCAACAAACAUUCUAUAACCAUAUUGUCCAGAACAAAGGACUUAGACAAAGCAAACUCAGAUAAGAUUAUGGAGUUAAUACUCUCGGCCAAAGUGCACCCGAGUGAGUUCAAAACGGUUGACCACUCGAACUGUGACCAUCCUUUUGAGAGAUCCAGUGUGGAUAGUAUUGAUCAGAGUGUCGUUGACGAUGACGCGAAAGUCUACGUUUCUGUCGAUUUAGAGACAGCCGAAGAGAUGAAUCCACGCCCCACGUGGAUGCUGUAA